GUGUGUUCCACCCAAUCAAGGGUCUUGGAGCGGGAUCAAAUAUCCAUCUCCAUCAUGCUGAUUUUGUCGAUAGAAGCGCUGAAUGGUGGUAUAACUAGCACGAACGCUGUCGUUAUACACCACUAACCUUUCCCACUCACUCACACCCAUCCCUCGAACAUGACCUACGUCUCAAAUGAUCCCAGUUACUGGCCGUAUAUCAGUGCAAAUAUUUUUUUGAAUUAUUGGAUAGUUGCUGCUGGCAUCGUGGUAGUAUAUGAUUGGGUCUUAACAAUCGGACAAGAGAUUGAACUCAUCUGGAGACAACGCUGGUCUCUCAUGACCGUGUUGUAUUUGACUAUACGCUAUAUCGGAAUACCGUAUUCUGUGUAUGUAUCGAGACCAACAACUUUGCACUGUGCUAAUAGCUCAUCUCUGACAACUAGUGUCUAUCUUCUGGGCACUAUCACAUACUACGCAACAAGUGGGACAAUGGUGGCCUUGACUGCCAUGUUGGGCGUCAUCAUGAUCGCUCGGUUGCAUGCCAUGUAUCAGGGAUCUAGAACGAUGCUUAUGUUCCUUAUUAUUAUCUUCCUGGCUGUAAACAUCGCCUGCGAAGUAAUCACGGCAAUAUCACUCAACGAUACUGUAGCAGAGGAGUUGAUACUCUCUGGCACGCAUAUGUGCAGUUAUACAUAUGAUGGGGAGGCGCAACUUCUGUCUUCGAUUACUUGGAUUCUUAACACUGUUUGGGAGGUCCUCGCAUUGUGUCUUUCAGUUUCGGUUGCUGUGAAACACUUCCGUGAGCUGCGACGACUCGGCCCAUCGACAGGAACGACCAUCGGGGACUGUUUCAGAGUGCUGAUACAAUCUCAUGUUCUCUAUUUUGCAAGCUUUGUUGGUGUCUCUUGCAUCCAGCUUACUGGUCUCUCUCCAGAAAUCAUGAAUUCGAAUUCUAUUGGAGUUUCGAUACUCGGUGGUGCUGUUCAAACUUUAUCGGUCGUGCAGAUGUUUGUGCUAGGACCACGCCUCAUCCUGAGCGUUCGAGAAUACCACGCCAAACUCGUGGCAUACUCCGACGCAGACACUAGCUUGAAUUCAAUUGUUUUCCAGGAGCAUGUACAUGUAUCAACUAGCAGUACCGUGUAGGGACAUCCUUGCCGAGUGGUCUGCAGGGAGGAGCAAUUUGGUGGAGGAUCCGUCGUGGUAUUUAUUUAACAUAUGGUGUUUCGAAGUAUAUUUAAAAGGUCUAGGCAAACCUAUUUC